AUGAGUGAAAAGGGUGAAGAAAAACACUCAUUUGAGCAAAAGCAAAGAGAAUUGUCUGCAUAUACAAGCGAAUCCUCUGUUGAGCAACCCAUCGAGUUAACUGCAUCACACUACAACCAGCUCCAUGUUAACAAUAACAAUAACAACAACAAUAACAACAAUAAUCAAAUUAAAAAAAGUCGUUCUGGAAGCAUUGCCUCAUUUACGAAAAAGUCCUUGGACAGUGUACGAAAAAGCCUUCAAGGAGAUAUUGAAAGUUUCAAAAGCUUCAACAGUAACAACAACGAUUACGAUAAUGAUGACAGUAAUGCGCAUAAUAACAAUGCGCACUAUUCCAUUAAGCAGAUUUACGGUGAUUUAGAUAGCAAUGAGAUCAGGUUGCAACGUACAGCAACAAGAAGGACAAUUAUCAGUGAGAUUGAGAAUCGGAUAGUAGCUGAUGACAAUAGUCAGGAACACCUUGCUUUUAAUGAUAUUGAAAAACAAAAAAAGAUCAGAGGGGACGAUGUGAUUGAAGAUCAAAUUGUUCCUAUCCAACAGCACGGAGAAGAGUUUACAAAAAUCGAUCCUGAAUUAAUCACUUGGCAAGGCACUAAGGACCCUGAAGACCCUAGAAACUGGGAUAUCAAAUUGAAAAUUUAUUUGUUGGGAUUUGUCUCAUUAUACGCAUUGGUUGCGCCAAUGUCAUCGAGUAUGCUUUCCCCCGCAAUGAGCGAAAUAAGUGUUGAUUUCAACAUCCCGUCGCCAAUCAUGCAGGCCAUGGUUGUCUCUAUUCAAAUUCUUGCAUGGGCAUUUGGACCGCUUAUCAUUGCACCGUUAUCGGAAUACGACAAUAUUGGGAGAAAACUAGUCCUUGACAUAUCAUGCUGGAUGUCUCUUUUCUUUAACUUGGGUUGCGCUUUCAGCCAAAACACAGCACAGAUGAUGGUGUGCAGGUUUAUUGGUGGCUUGUUUGGGUGUGUGCCGAUGAACGUUUGUGCUGGAGUCAUUUCAGAUAUGUUUGAUGCUAAACUGCGUAACGCAGCAUUGGCCGGUUAUUCGUUGGUGCCGUUGCUUGGGCCAGUAAUUGCACCGCUCAUCUCGGGCUUCAUUGUUGACCACAUGCAAUGGAGAUGGUGUUUUUAUGUGCUUUGUAUAUUCAACUUUGCUGUAGCAGCAUCUGCCACCAUUUUGUUCAAAGAGACUUAUGCACCAACAUUGCUUAAAAGGAAAGCCAAUCAACUUAAAAAGGUUACUGGAAAUGAAAACUUGCACACAAUUUACGAAAUCACCAAUGGGGUUGAAUCUACCUGGGGAAGAUUAACUCAGUGCAUGGUUAGACCUGUCCAUUUACUUCUUACGCACCCGAUGGUGAUUGGUCUUGGAUCAUUUAUGGCGUUCACUUAUGGAUUCAUGUACUUGAUGAUUAUCACUUUCCCACAAAUUUUCACACAUCAAUAUGGUUACACAAAAAGUGUCACCGGCUUAAUGUACAUUCCAAUGGGUGUUGGGUUCAUUUUAGGUGUUGUGUUUUGGACAUUCAUGGUUGGUAAGACGUAUACUCGUUUGACAAAUCGCAACAAUGGUGUGUCAAAGCCAGAAUUUAGACUUCCCUGUCUCAUUGCGUGUGCUAUAUUCAUUCCGGUGGGGCUCAUUUGGUUUGGCUGGUCGGCGCAAUACCAAUUGCAUUGGAUCAUGCCUGGUAUUGGCUCUGCAAUUUUUGCAUUUGGCUUGGUUUGUGUCUUCCAAACUAUCCAAAACUAUUUGAUUGAUAUGAACACCAGAUUUGCCGCAAGCUCGGUUGCUGCAGCAGCAUUAUUCAGAAGCUUGUUUGGUUUUACGUUUCCACUUUUUGCAAGAAAAAUGUACAGUGCAAUGGGAUAUGGUUGGGGAAACACAAUGUGUGCUUUUAUUGGUAUUGCAUUGGGUAUUCCAUUCCCCAUCUUUUGUUAUUUGUACGGAGAGAAAUUAAGAGGCUGGUAUGAUGCCAAGUACGAGGCAAAACAAAUAAAACGGGAGAUGAAGUCGUUGGAAAAGUUGAAGGAGAAGCAAAGUGUGGUGGUAUAA